AUCCACUGUAUGCCUCGAAUUUGUUCUGUGUCAUUUUAAUGCUACUUAUGAAAAUUAUACACAAAUCAUAUCCAUUCAGAUGUGACCCUUAUAAAUUAAAAGGUAAUAAAAUCAAAGUGAAAGUUCUUCCCUUUAAAAUAAAGGGGUGUUAAUACAGAAGUAAUAGUAAACUUGUAAACUUAUCCAGUCUUUCCUCUGUCUAUUGCUUCAACUAAUUCCAUCUAUUCAUUCUUUUCUUCACUGUCUUUUCUCAUACUAUUGUUCACUUCCUCAGUCUUCUACUCACUUCCUCCCUCAUUUCUGUGCUCUGAUGUAACUGCAUCUCUGAUCUUAUGCCUGUUCUCUCUCUGUAUGAUAAACACUGUGUAGUAUCUAUUUUUGUUCAUCUCCCUCCUUUCCUUCCUUCCUCCCUCCUUUCCUUCAUUCCUUUGCACCCUUCAUCUCUUUUUCCCUUCCUCCCCCUUCUCCCCUUCUUUGCUCACUUAUUCUAUCACCUGCAGUGGGUGGAGCUAUGGUGCAGUGCUGAGUUAUCAUUGGCUAUUGAGGGAGGAGGCUGCAGUGGCAUGGUGAUGCUGUGCAGAUGCUCAGCAGAAAGACAGGCAGCCACAGCUUCUCUCUGUGUGUGUGUGUGUGUGUGUGUGUGUGUGUUUGGCCUAUAGCUCUCCCUCCCCCUACUUUUUCCAUCUCUCUCUUUUCUAUUUCCGUUCGCUCUCUUGCACUCACAGACACAGGCUGUAAGGUAAGAUUAGGCCUCUAUCAUCCUGCUCUUCUUCAGUCAUCUUUUUCCGCUCUGCUCAUCCUUCUCUCCUCUGCUUAUCCUGAUUGCCAGUUUUCCUCUUGCUCUUCAUGAUGGAUCACCACACCCACUGAAAAAAGCAACUACAGCUAACCAAGAACAUGCACAAGUAUGCUUCUCUGGAGUGUACUACUUUGUUCCUUGGAUUCUCAUUGCUAAACAGUGCUGGAUUUUUUUUCUGAACGCUUACACACACUAGGAGUAAAGACUAUCAAUUUUUGCUGCUUAAGGCUUUGCUUAGCCAUUUCUGCCUGAGAAAGGCCCUUAAUAUCCCAGGAUGCUAUGCACCAGGACACUCCAUUAGGCUGAAGCAGAAUGGGUGGAGCCUCAAAGGGCCAGGACACUGCUGACUUAACGGGCACAGACACACAAACCGCCACUGCUCAUGGGUGAGGACGAGAGUCCCAAGAUCAACCACAGCUUCUUGCGAGACUACGUCACUGAGGCUGAUGUCAUUUCCACUGUGGAGUUUAAUCACACAGGGAAUCUGCUGGCCACUGGAGACAAAGGAGGGCGAGUGGUCAUUUUCCAGAGAGAGACUGAGAGUAAAGCAGAUAAGGAAGAGCUGGGAGAGGCGGGGGAAUAUAAUGUCUACAGCACAUUUCAGAGUCAUGAGCCAGACUUUGAUUACCUGAAGAGCUUAGAGAUUGAGGAGAAGAUCAAUAGGAUUCGCUGGCUGCCUCAACAGAAUGCCGCCCACUUCCUUCUUUCCACCAAUGAUAAGACAGUAAAGCUGUGGAAGGUGAGUCAGAGGGACAGACGGCCAGAAGGAUACAACCUGAAAGAUGAAGAAGGACGAAUGAAGGAUUUUUCCACUGUCACAUCAUUACAGGUCCCAGUACUGAAGCCCACUGAUUUGAUGGUGGAGGUGCGUCCAAGGCGGGUCUUUGCAAAUGGCCAUACUUACCACAUCAAUUCUAUAUCAGUGAACAGUGAUGGAGAAACGUACCUGUCAGCUGAUGACCUCAGAAUCAACAUGUGGCACCUGGACAUCACAGAUCGCAGCUUUAACAUCGUCGACAUUAAACCAGUAAACAUGGAGGACCUGACAGAGGUGAUCACAGCAGCUGAGUUUCACCCACAGCACUGUCACCUGUUUAUCUACAGCAGCAGUAAAGGAACAAUCCGCCUGUGUGACAUGAGGACGUCUGCCCUGUGUGAUACACAUGCCAAGAUCUUUGAAGAACCUGAAGAUCCAGGGAACCGCUCAUUCUUCUCUGAGAUCAUUUCCUCUGUCUCUGAUGUGAAAUUCAGCCACAGUGGACGUUAUCUGCUAACACGAGACUACCUCACGGUGAAGGUGUGGGACCUAAACAUGGAGAAAGGACCAGUAGAAACAUACCAGGUUCAUGAGUACCUGCGCAGUAAACUCUGCUCCCUAUAUGAGAAUGACUGCAUCUUCGACAAGUUUGAGUGUGUGUGGAACAGCACAGACAGUGUUAUCAUGACCGGAUCAUAUAAUAGUUUUUUCCGUAUGUUUGACCGGGACUCUGGGCGAGGUGUGACACUUGAAGCGUGGCGUGAAAGCAGUAAACCCCGUGCAGUAUUGCGGACACGGCGUGUGUACACUGGGGGCCGUCGUCGCCGUGGAGAUGUGGGAGUGGACAGCCUGGACUUCCGCAAAAAGAUCCUGCACAUGGCGUGGCACCCAGCCGAGAACAUCAUCGCCAUCGCUGCCUCCAACAACCUUUACAUCUUCCAAGACAGAAUAACCCCAGAGAACCAGUGACAUACACACACACUGUUCUCUGAGUGUGUGUAGGUGAAAACCAUGAGAUGAAGCUGGCAGAACUACACAAUGUGACACCUCACAUACACUGCAUUGACUGGACAGAUGGGGAACAAUGUGUUCCUGCUAGGUGAUUGGAUGUCAGCCAAAUCACAAAGAAACUGAAAGAAAAGGAGGACAGAUGAAGCAGGACAAACCUUAUGAACUGUUGUGGCAUUUACAGUGGGUGGGGCUUGCACACUCAUGGGCUGCAGGACAGACUCAGUGUUUGCCAUCACAGGAAAGAUAUUACCUGGUUGUCAUAGUAGAAGUAGUCUAAAAAGUCUUCCUAUCGUGUUCUUCCUAAAUCAAUCCCAUCAUGCUAAUACAUAUACAAUCACACACACAAAUCUACUUCCUGUAAGGCAAUUGGACAAAACCUCAUUUAAAUAACCAUGUUUACUGUAAACACUAUCAUUAACACUACACCACCACUACAACCACAAUAACAUUAACACUACACUAGUACGAACACCACUAAUAUCCCACUUUAACAGAUCACCAAACUACAGUACACUAACCUUUCUACUUCACCAAUAAUAUACUAACACGACACUAACAUUACACUAUCCUCACUACACUCUUAACACACCAAUACAGCACUAUUUAAUACAAACAUUACACUAACACUACACCAUCACUAAUCCCAACACUACA